AUGGUGAGGGAUAGUGCAUUUUAUGAUAUAUUGGGUAUCGAUGUUGAAGCCUCUAAUAUUGAGAUAAAAAAGGCUUAUUAUCAAAAGGCAGCAGAAGCUCACCCAGAUCAAAAUCCUGGAGAUCCAAAGGCUGCCGAAGAUUUUAUAGCACUUGCUGAAGCUUUUCAGGUCUUAAUGGAUCCUGAGAAGCGUGGAUGGUAUAACAAGCAUGGAAAGCUAUGCAUACCACAGGACUACUGGUUACACAGUCACUCUGUGUACGGGAUGGUUUAUGGGAAUGAAUGCUUUAAAGAUUACAUUGGCGAACUUGCUUUGACAACUUUCUCAUUUUUUCUUGAAAUGGAAGAAGAGACAGAAGAUCCUGAAGUCCGUAAGAAGAGGGCUUGGGAGACGACACAGGCAUUGUUGAAGGAAAGGCAUGAAAAGCUAACAGAGAUUAUGAUAGAUCGCAUUCAACCAUAUGUUGACGGUCAUAUGGAUGAGUUUGAAAAAGCAAUUGAUUCAGAAGCUCGACGCCUAUCAACAGCUGCUUUUGGAGAGUGUCUUCUAUAUACAAUUGGUAUUGUAUACAUAGCUAAAGCUGCAAAAGAACUGAAGGGAAAGGAGGAAGUCGAAAGAGCAAGGUGGAUCAAAGUUAAAGGUCCCAAAGGAUUCGAGUUGAGGUCCCAAAUACAUGCAGCUAGAGAGUCUGAACGUACAGCGGGAAGACUAGAUCGUCCAAACAUGUCUCAAGCUCAUAGGGAAGAGGAUUUACGUGAAAACCUUUUUAGUCAUCUAGACAACUGGAGGAUAGAUAAUACAUGGAGCACUAAUGUGAUUGAUAUUGAGACCUCUGCGUCAUAUAUCUGCAAAGCACUACUUAAUGACUCCUCUGCAUCUAAAGAUAUUCUGAAGUUUCGCGCAGAAGCAUUGGAUAAGUUGGGAAAAAUCUUCAAAGGUACGAGUCCUCCUUUCCAUAGAGAGUACAGUAUCUGCCUUGAAGAUGGACAGGAGAUCGAAAAUGAUGACUCAGAUUUUUCAGACUAA